AUGACUCUCCUAACCGAGGACCAGCCUUGCAGGUUCUCUGCACCGGACAGCCCGCUCGCUUCCAUGGAGCACUACCCGGUGGACUCAGGACCGAAAGAGGACUAUUUGGAUUGCAUGGAACCAGCUGUGUUUGGAGCGGUGGAGCCUCCGAAGCGCUCCAGAGGAAGGCUUAUCAUGCACGGCAUGGUCAUGUUUGGAAGGGAAUUCUGCUAUGCCGUUGAGGCGGCUUUUGUCACGCCGGUGUUGCUAAGCGUUGGACUCCCCAGACGCCUGUACAGCCUGGUGUGGUUCAUCAGCCCUGUUCUGGGUUUUAUCCUACAGCCUGUCAUCGGCUCGGCAAGCGACUACUGUAGGUCUCCAUGGGGCCGAAGGCGACCGUACAUACUCUUACUCGGGAUUAUGAUGUUAGUGGGCCUGACUUUAUUUUUAAAUGGAGAUGCGGUCACAUCAGCUAUACUAGAGGACAGGAAUAUUAAAAGGACAUGGGCGAUCGUAGUGGUCAUGUUUGGAGUGGUGAUGUUUGACUUUGCGGCGGACUUCAUUGAUGGGCCCAUUAAAGCCUAUUUGUUUGAUGUGUGUUCUCAUCGGGAUAAGGAGAGAGGGCUUCAUUAUCAUGCCUUACUCACAGGUCUAGGUGGAGCCUGUGGAUACCUGAUUGGAGCCAUGGACUGGGGUCACUCUGCACUUGGUGUCGUACUGGGUUCAGAAUAUCAAGUUAUCUAUUUUUUCUCAUCAUUGACCUGGGGCAUUUUUCUCACCAUGCACCUUUUCAGCAUCCCAGAGAAACCUCUGAUGAAAGAUCACAGUUCAGACUCUUGUCCAGCCGCCUCGCUGCUCCUGGAAGACCAACAUCAUAACGGCUACGGCACGGUGCACAAAGAACUACCGCCUCUUCCUGAAAUGAGGCAGCGCUCGUUCUCUGCCCUGAGUGAAGCCAAUGCAGUCACGCCCAGUGCCAAGCAGCCUAGCAGCGAGGUGCAGAAGAGAAUGACCCUGAAAUCUCUACUGUCAGCUAUGAUUAACAUGCCCAGCCAUUACCGCUGUCUGUGUGUGACUCAUCUGUUAGGCUGGACGGCCUUCCUGUGCAACAUGCUCUUCUUCACUGACUUCAUGGGGCAGAUUGUAUAUAAGGGGAACCCUUAUGCUGAACACAAUUCCACCUCCUAUGCGACGUAUGAGAGAGGGGUUGAAGUGGGCUGCUGGGGCCUGUGCAUCAACGCCGUCUCCUCUGCGCUCUAUUCAUAUGUGCAGAGGCUUCUCCUGCCAUAUAUUGGCCUGAAGGGACUGUACUUCCUAGGCUACUUUAUGUUUGGUUUGGGAACCGGUCUGAUCGGCCUGUUUCCAAACAUUGUGGCCACGCUGACGUUGUGCAGUGUGUUUGGAGUCAUGUCCAGCACUCUCUACACCAUCCCAUUCAACCUCAUCUCGGACUACCACAAGGCUGAAGAGGAGCAAAGGAAAUUGGGUAGUGAUGAACCAGCUCUGGAGAGCCGUGGCACUGGCAUGGACUGCGCAGCUCUUACCUGCAUGGUGCAGCUGGCUCAAGUCAUAGUGGGAGCUGGUCUUGGAGCCCUGGUCAAUCUAGCAGGCAGUGUGAUCGUCGUGGUUCUCUCUGCCUCAACAGUAUCCCUAAUUGGCUGCCUCUUUAUUGCUCUCUUCAUGUGAUGUACAG